AUGGCUGUUCAGCUCCGAGGAGUGAAGUUCUCCUUCUUGCUGAGUCUGUUUUUGGGAGCUGACAUUUGGCCCCCGGCUCCUGCAGUUGCCUUCCAGCUGCCUCUCUGUCAGCUGGUGAAUCAGACGGUUUCUCUGGAGAAGGACGGCUGUCCGAAGUGUCAUCAAGUGGAGACGACCAUCUGCAGCGGAUACUGCUCCACCAAGGACCCUGUCAUCAAGUCCCUGCUCAGCAAAGUGUACCAGCAUGUGUGCACGUACCAGGACUACCACUACAUGACCUUUGACCUCCCUGACUGCCCCCCCGGCAUCGACCCGACCGUCUCCUACCCGGUCGCUCUGAGCUGCCACUGCGGCCGCUGCAGCAUGGAGACGUCCGACUGCACCUUCGAGGGUCUGAGGCCCAACUUCUGUAUGAACGACAUCCCUUUCUUCUACUAG